CGAUAUAGACGAGGCAAAUUGUUUCGUUGCGUAUAUAAAUGAAAAAUAUAUCGUUCAUCUCGCUUCAUGUAUCAUCGACAUUGCGUCGGUGGUUGCAGAGCUCAUUUCGCACGUGAGAGUUAAUUGUUCUUACAUAACCUUACACUUAAUUGAUGUUAAUGGACCUACCUUUUAGUGGAUUUGAUUAUUCCGAAGAGUUAGCUUUUUAGGGAAGAGUGUUUCACAAUGAGAAAGAUGAUAGCGAAAUGUAAAAUAGAUAUGUAAAAAAAAGGUUUUAUAUUUAAAUAUUUUACGCAACAGUCGUUAUUAAGAUCGGAUUACAUGUAGUGUAUUGAAAAAAAAAAUCAAAUAUAUACAGGGAAAUGAAAAGAGGAUUAUUUUGCGAGUGAGAUAUAGUUAUUAUAGCGUAUGAAGAAACUUCUUCGGAGAUUUGUUUGGUUCCAAUUUUGAAACAGCUAUAUAUUUCCACGUGUUAAUUGUGAAGGAGAAAAAUACACGAUAUCAGUUCUAAAAAUAAACGUUAUAUACAGUUUAUAUAACGUCUUACGUUCUGUCAACAGGUGGUAAUUAGUGUGUAACAAUAAAAACUGCAUUAGCACAGACUUUUGAUCGUAACGUUAAUUGGCCAACACGAGUAGCUGUUCCCAAAAUAUACGUAUCAUUAGGAAGUCUGUUGCAUACUGCAUGUUGGCUUAAUUACUACUGCAAACAUGGGUGAUGAUGUGAAAUUUAGAAAUGGAUAUAAAGCAUACAUACGUCGGCCGUUGUGGAUUAUCGCUGGAUUUGUCAUUCUACUUCUAUUGAUAAUCAUUAUCAUACUUGCUGCUCUUCUGGCUCGGAAAUCUGGGGACACGAAACAAACAACUGAAAAAGAAGUCUGUGAAGAUGAACACUGUAUUAAAACAGCAUCACGUUUACUCGGAGCCAUGCGCACAGAGAUCGAUCCUUGUGACAAUUUUUAUGAGUUUGCGUGUGGCCAAUGGGUGGACAAACAUAGAGUACCAGAAGACAAGGGGUCCAUUGAUACCAUGGAGGAGGUAUCUGAUAGAUUGGAAAGAGAUUUGCAAGAUCUCCUAGAAUCACCAGCCGAUAAUGAUAUAGAACCAAUCAGGAAAGCCAAGACAUUCUACAAAGCAUGUAUGGACACAGAAUCUAUAAAUGCUCAGGGACAUCAGGAUAUGUUAAAAUUUAUCUCUAACCUUGGUGGCUGGCCUGUCCUGGACAAAGCUUGGCAGGGAUCAACAUUCGAUUUAGAAGAAAGCAUAGCCAAUGCACGACAGUAUACGACAAACUUUGUCUGGCCCAUUCCUCAUGGUAUUAUGAUGGGCUUAAAUAUCUUGAAUGACUACAAAGUUUACGGAAAACAUGUUCUCUAUUUAGAUCAGCCGUCACUGUUAAUGGAAGGAAGAGACAUGUAUCAGAAUGAUCAACUCAUCAACGCCUACGUUAAAUAUACCACAGAUGUUGCAAUAGCCCUAGGUGCUGAAUCGGAUGUCGCUACAACACAGAUGAAAGAACUUGUUGAUUUUGAAAAAGAAAUCGCACAGAUCACGGUAGCUAUAUCCGACAGACGGGACAUGGAUGGUAACUACAGGAGAAUGAAUGUAUCCAGCCUGUCAGAUUUAUACCCAAAGUUUGAUUGGUUGCGGUACCUUAAAGCUACAUUCCGUGAUACACCUGUUACUAUUGACGACAACGAGCCCGUCGUUCUCUGGAUGAAACCUUAUUAUGAUCAGUUGUUUCCAUUACUGGAAAAGACACCAAACAGAACGAUCGCAAAUUAUAUCGUCUGGAGACUGAUAACGAAACAAUUUAUCACCCUGGAGGAACAGUUUAGUCUCAUGAAGCUGCAGUUUAGAAAGAAUACAGAAGGAGUCAAGCAGUUGAAGCCCAGAGGCUUACGCUGCUCUGAAUCCACCAACCACUAUCUGGAUCAUGCCACCGGACGCAUGUAUGCUGAGAAAAUAUUUGGACCUAAAGAGAGAGACCAUAUGUUAGAGCUGAUAAGUUAUCUCAGAAGAAUAUUCAAAGGCAUUGUAAACACAGCUGAUUGGAUGGAUGACGUUACAAAACAAGAAGCUUUGAAAAAGUUAGAGGCAAUGAAAUCUCUCAUAGGGUUUCCAAGUUUUAUCUUUAAUGAUACAGUACUGACAGAGACGUAUUCUAACGUGACGGUUUCCCCAACAAAUUUCUUUGAGAACUUGAGGAGUAUACGGCGGUAUGUUGGCUUGAAGCAGCUUGCAGAGUUGCGCCAGCCAAGUUAUGAGAGGUGGCCAGAAAGACCAGCUAUUGUUAAUGCGUUUUAUCACAGUGGCCUUAAUGCUAUAGUUUUCCCUGCCGGUAUUUUACAGAGCCCGUACUAUGACAUCAACUAUCCAUCUUCUAUCAACUUUGGAGGUAUUGGCUUGGUGAUAGGCCAUGAAAUAACGCACGGGUACGAUGCCUCAGGUCGUGCAUUUGAUGCUAAGGGUUUGCUGCACAACUGGUGGAGCAACUAUUCUCUACAAAAUUAUAACGAGAAAGCGGCCUGUGUUAUAAACCACUACAGUGAAUUUAAAGUUCCAAAAAUUAAUAUGAAUAUAAAUGGUAAUACGACAUUAAGUGAAAACAUCGCUGAUAUAGGGGGAAUCAAACAGAGUCACCUGGCAUACAAAUUGUGGCUAAAAGAGAAUAACAAUAAGGAUAAACAACUACCGGGUCUUUCAAAGUAUUCCGAUGAGCAACUGUUCUUCAUCAACACUGCACAGCUAUGGUGUUCGAAGUUUACAGAUGAAGCUGCCAGACGAAGUGUUCUAACCAGUGUCCAUAGCUUACCUAUGUACAGGGUUCUUGGAGAGCUGAGAAACUCGCAAGGCUUCUCGGAGGCAUUUAACUGCCCAGUUGGAAGUUAUAUGAAUCCUGAUCAACCAAAGUGUUCGCUCUGGUAACUGGCUUUCUUGUGCUGCCAGUUAUAUGGCUGUAUACAGCGACAUUUGAAAUGGGCGAAAAGUUACAUUUGAAAUGGGCGAAAAGUGACAUUUAAAAUGGGCGAAAAGUGCAGUAAAAUAUUCAAAACUAUGACCACCUGUGUCAUUUUAUAAUUUCUUAACAGUCGUUCCAUAAUCUCUUUUGACACGUAACAAUGAUGCAAAAAAAUAUCAAGAUACGAGUACUGCGCAUUUAUUCUAAAGAUGAGCAUUGAUAUGAAUUGCAAUAUGUCGAUUAUUGUAUGCGUCCAGGAAUGUUUUUUAAUUCUAGUUCGAGACUUGUUAAGAAUUUUGUGUUAUAUUUUACGUGUGUUAAAAGGACAAAGGUAGAGCUUCAACUGCCAAGUUCUGGUCAAGUCGCGUUGUUUAAUCUUGGAAAUAUUCCGAAGCCUUUCAGACUAUAUGAAAUGGUCGCUCUAAAAAGGGAUCAGGAAGGAUCAUUUUAUGUUUGCUUUAAGUCUUUGUUAAGUACACAUAAGUAUUGAAGAGGCGGUCAUUUUACAAACAUAUUUUUAAAAGAAAUGAUACGAGAGAGGAUGGGUUUUUUUCUUUGUAUAUUUUGUUGUUAAUACAGGGGUUUCAUUAAGGAUUGCGGGGAGGGCAUUUUCCCCUGUCCCCACCCUCCCAAUAUAGUGGACUGAAGCCCGAACCACAUGUCCUGUGUAGCUGGUAAAGUUCUAAAUAGGAGACCCUCCAGACCUCUCACUACUUUGCAACUUCCGUCUUCUACUUCAAUACUUAAUGAAACCCCUGUUAAUAUCAUGGUUUUAUUACUAGUACCUCAUGUAUGUCUGUUAUAUAUGUGUAAUUAAGGGGUUUCUGUAUACAUUAACCUUUACCCUGCUAAGAUUCUAAAAUGGACCGGUCCAUCAUUCAAUUUGGGCAGAACCACUUAUUACCCAAAGGGGUGUUUACUGAAAAUAUACUGACUGAACAGCGAACAGUAGAGACCAUGAUCAGCGUGCAUGGAUAUGCAGUCUGAUCUUGGUCUGCACUGGUCGCAAAGGCAGAAUCACUUGCCACCGGCAGGCUGAAGGUUAAAGCUGUAAUGUAGGUUCUGUUUCAUUGUUUUCGUAUGUUUUGUUAUGUACAUAAAGGCUGUAAAUAUCUUUUACCCCCGUACACCAUACGUGAUGUAUAUAGUUCUUUUAUUCCUGUAUGUAAUAAAAUUUAUUUUUCUAA